UAUAUGGGAGUACCUGUUUCAGUCUACCACUAUGUGGGAGUACCUGUUUCAGUCUACCACUACAUGAGAGUACCUGUUUCAGUCUACCACUAUAUUAGAGUACCUGUUUUAGCCUACCACUAUAUGAGAAUACCUGUUUCAGUCUACCACUAUAUGGGAGUACCUGUUUCAGCCUACCACUAUAUGAAAGUAUAUUGCUACCAAUACAUGUUUCAGUCUAUCUUCAAUAAACGAAUUUUGCCACCACCUGUUUCAGCCUACCACAAUAUGAAAGACUAA